AGAACACCCAUUGGGAAAAUAAAAAUAAAAAUCAAACACAACUCCAUCUUCUUUGCGUAGCAAUCUGAAACACCCAUAAAGCUUCUGACCUUGUUCAUGUAAUCUUGACAAUCUUUCUUGGCUUUUCUUGAACUCACAACGAUGAUCCGAUUACCAGAAAAGGUGAACACUUUUCUGAGCAACAGAUGGCUAGUUUUUGUGGCUUCUAUGUGGGUUCAAUCUUGUUCCGGGAUUGGGUAUAUGUAUGGGAGCAUAUCGCCGGUGAUCAAGAGCACCAUGGGUUAUAAUCAGAGGCAGAUUGCAGCGUUGGGUGUCGCUAAAGAUAUCGGUGAUGCUAUCGGGUUCAUCGCCGGAAGUUUGUGUGAAGUUGCUCCGAUUUGGGUCGUUCUUUUCAUCGGCGUUGCUCAGAAUUUCUUUGGCUAUGGUCUCGUUUGGCUCACUGUCAAUGGCACCCUGCCGGAGUUGCCUUUAUGGGUGCUAUGUGUUUGCAUAUUCGUUGGAACAAAUGGCGAAACCUACUUCAACACCGGAGCUCUUGUUUCCGGCGUCCAAAACUUCCCCAAAAGCCGUGGUCCAGUCGUCGGAAUCCUCAAGGGUUUCGCCGGCUUGAGCGGAGCUAUUUUGACACAAGUUUACACCAUGUUCAAUUUCCCCGAUGAAUCCGCCAUUAUUUUCGUGGUGGCAGUUGGCCCCACGAUCGUGAUUUUAUCCGUCAUGUUCAUCGUUAGACCAGUCGGCGGCCAUAGACAAGCUCGACAAUCUGAUAACACAAGCUUUUUAGCUCUAUAUGGCGUUUGCCUAAUCCUCGCUGCUUAUCUUCUAGCUGUUCUAAUCCUUCAAGAUCUUGUCAAUUUAAACCAGCCCACAAUCAUUGCCCUAACAAUCGGAUUACUGAUUCUUGUAUUACUUCCCGUUACGAUUCCAAUCUUUUUAGUGUUCUUCUCCCCCAAAUCCCAUGAUCCCAUGGAAGAAACCCUUCUCAUCGAGAAUCAAAACCCUGAUGUCAUUUUAAGCGAAGUAGAAGACGAAACAACUUCAGAAAUCGAUUCACUUCCCGACACCGAAAGGGAAAAGAGAAUCUCCCAUUUGCAAGCGAAACUGGUUCAAGCAGCUGCGGAUGGAGCUGUGAAUGUGAAGAAGAAGAAAGGUCCACGAAGAGGGGAGGAUUUCACUUUAUUUCAAGCAUUACAGAAAGCCGAUUUCUUGCUCAUGUUCUUCUCUCUAGUUCUCGCAUCUGGUUCUGGGUUGACUGUAAUCGAUAAUCUUGGUCAAAUGUGUGAAUCUUUAGGCUACGAAAACCCUCAUAUCUUCGUCUCCAUGAUCAGUAUCUGGAACUUUCUUGGUCGUGUUGCUGGUGGGUAUUUCUCCGAGAUCAUCGUAAGGAAAUACGCAUACCCAAGACCAGUCGCCAUGGCUGCUGUUCAAGUAGUGAUGGCAUUUUCGUUAUUUUACUACGCAAUGGGGGCACCAGGGGCAAUUUACAUCGUCUCCGUCGUAAUGGGUUCUUGCUACGGAGCUCAUUGGGCUAUAGUUCCAUCUGCGGCUUCGGAGUUAUUUGGUUUAAAGAGCUUCGGAGCGUUGUAUAACUUUCUCGCCCUCGCAAGUCCUACUGGUUCUCUCAUCUUUUCUGGUGUUAUCGCUAGUGGGAUUUACGAUUAUGAAGCGAAGAUUCAGAGUCAAACAGUUGGAGAAGGAGAAGCACUCACUUGCUAUGGAACUAUUUGCUAUUCGAUCACUUGUGGGAUCUUGUCAGUUCUUUGUCUUACUGCUGUUUCGUUGAGUAUGAUUGUGGUUUACAGGACUAAAAGAGUGUAUGCGAAGCUUUAUGGGAACCAGCCAAAUUGAUUUUAACGUAAGGCUGAAAAGAUUCGAGGUUUUUGUAUUGAUUCUUUUGUACACUAGUAGAUCGUGUUUGUUUGUUGUGCUUGAAAAGUAGUGCAACAUUGAUACGAAUUGUAUUUGUAAAAUGGAGAAGGUGUACCAGAUUGAUGACAAGUAUUUAUGUGUUAAUUGAUGUGAACUUUUUAGUGAAA